CGGUGCAUGCCGGGAUAGCAUCCGGGCCCCGCUGAGGCGAGCGGUUCGCUGCGCGGGAGGCGGCGGGCGGUUGUUUGCGGGUGUUUCUCCUCCAGGCCGCAGCCCCCCUCCUCGGACCGCCGCCAUGGCGAUGCAAGCAGCCAAGCGAGCCAACAUUCGGCUGCCUCCAGAAGUCAAUCGGAUCUUGUAUAUUAGGAACCUGCCAUAUAAAAUCACAGCGGAGGAAAUGUAUGAUAUUUUUGGGAAAUACGGGCCUAUUCGACAAAUCAGGGUUGGAAACACUCCUGAAACUAGAGGAACAGCCUAUGUGGUCUAUGAAGACAUCUUUGAUGCCAAAAAUGCUUGUGAUCACCUGUCAGGAUUCAACGUGUGCAACAGAUACCUCGUUGUUUUGUACUAUAAUGCAAACAGGGCAUUCCAAAAGAUGGACACAAAGAAGAAAGAGGAACAGCUUAAGCUUCUCAAGGAAAAAUAUGGAAUUAAUACAGACCCACCAAAAUAAACUGAUCUUUUUGGAAAACUGUUUUCAAGCCCUGCCACUGAGUUCUUGAACUAGACAUAGGAAUUCUCAAUGAAGUAUAACUUUUAAAAAAAUUUUGAUAAGCUGUAAUUUGAAGCUUUAGAUCUUCACAUUAGAAUUAAAUGUAAAACACUGCAAGAUUUGCUUUAAGAUUAAAUCCCCUAAAUGGACAUGGCUUCUGUGUGUUGUAAGGGUGACCUGGUAAAUGCUGCAUGACCGCAGCCCUGUUUCUAGCGGGACCUUCCAGGAUCGGACCAAGCAGGUUGAGGAUCGGACCAAGCAGGUUGAGUGUUUCACACCUGAAGUUCUGCCCAGUCUCCAGGGUGGAUUUUAAGGGUGGCAGCCAGUUAACUCAGAGAGCUCAGGGGGCUCUGUACCAGAUGCCUACACAGAGGUAAUCUUGUUACUCUCUGAAAAUGGAGUGUUACAACUAGUCUGCCUGCCACAGGGAUUUUUGUGCUUUUUUAAAAAAGAAGGAAGUAUGAUUUGAUACUUCAUCACACCUGAAUACUGUGCAUAAAUUAUUGUGCCUUUCUCCCUCUGGGAAUGUUUGAAGGAACCUGACUCCAUCACAUGAUCAUCAGGUUGCUUCUUGCUAGAAACCAAGCCCAAAGCCAUGUUUAUAACAAAGUUUCUUUUACAAACUAGAAAAUGAAUAGCCUUUUAAAAUGAUCUAACUGCUGAGGUGACUUCAGUCAGAAUAUUUUGUUUCCAGUGAUUCAGACAAAAUUGGUAAGCUGCAGUAAAAUAAUCUUGCUCUAAUAGUGUGUUGCUGCAGGGCUGACAGUGGCGUGCGAGAUUUUUAUUGCUUGUACCCAGUUUGUACUGAGGUCAGUAGCUGCAACAGGAAUACACUGCACACCUUUGAAUGUUAAGUGGAGAACACCUGACCAAAGUGAGAUGGUAGAUGAUGGCAGUAAUCUUAGAUACAUGUAGUGUGAUUGUUUUCUACUCAGUGUGGUUGAAUUGUAAUAUAUUUCAUGUAGCAUCUAGUGGAGGAAAAACAUUUAUUUGACACUUUUUUUCAGCACUUGUGUCCUGUGAAUAAAAAUUAGUGUGUUACAGAAUAUGCAUAACCAGUAUACUUUGGAACUGGAAAAGAAUUAACUUCUGCCCCUGCUCUGAACCACCUGGAAGUCAUGUGAACAUUGGUAGUUCUCCUCCUGCCUCGGGAGGAUUUAUUUUCUUGGAUGUGAUGUUUAACUCCCUGACCAGACAACUUCCAGCCGGUGCAGAACAUGAGCAGAUGCAAACAUACUUUGCUUGAGGAUUUGUAAUUUAAAUUUUUUCAGUGCAUCAUAAAGGAAUGUAUGGAUUUCCUCAUCCUUAGAUUUUUAUUGAAAUCUGUCACUUAACCAUACUGUUCUGUCUAACUAGUAAAAAAAAUAAAUGUGUCUACA